AGAAGCAAAGCAGUGUGGGAUAAGGGCGGAAUACGCCUGGGAGGUUCCGGAUUCCCUAGAGUGGCCUGGGAUUGAUAGAGUCCCAUUCCAUAAAUUAAAAGUGUAUAACUGGUAUUGUAAUUUUGUGUAAAAAAGUGAAUACUGUACUGUACAGGUUGAAUCUCUUAGUCCUUCUGUGAGAAUGUCUCAGACUGGAGAAAAAGGAAAGUUUCCAGAAGCGGCAGGCUAUGUGGGAUUUGCCAACUUGCCCAACCAAGUUCACAGGAAAUCGGUCAAGAAAGGCUUUGAGUUCACUCUUAUGGUGGUGGGAGAGUCUGGUCUGGGAAAAUCCACCCUUAUCAACAGCUUGUUCUUGACAGACUUGUACCCUGAGCGCUACAUUCCUGGAGCAGCAGAAAAGAUUGAGCGGACUGUGCAGAUUGAAGCUUCAACAGUAGAGAUUGAAGAGAGAGGAGUAAAGCUACGUCUAACCGUGGUGGACACACCUGGCUAUGGUGAUGCUAUUAACAGCCAGGAUUGCUUUAAAACAAUCAUUCAGUACAUUGACAAUCAGUUUGAACGCUACCUACAUGAUGAGAGCGGCUUAAACAGAAGACAUAUUGUGGACAACAGAGUGCACUGCUGCUUCUAUUUCAUCUCUCCAUUUGGACAUGGCCUCAAACCCCUAGAUGUGGAGUUCAUGAAAGCAAUUCACAGUAAAGUGAACAUCGUCCCAGUCAUCGCCAAAGCUGACACUCUGACCCUAAAGGAGCGUGACAGGCUAAAGAGGCGGAUUUUGGAUGAAAUCGCAGAGCAUGGAAUUCGUAUCUACCAGUUGCCUGAUGCUGACUCUGAUGAGGAUGAAGAGUUUAAAGAGCAGACCAGAGUACUAAAGGCCAGUAUUCCUUUUGCAGUGAUUGGUUCAAACCAACUAAUUGAAGUGAAAGGAAAGAAGAUCCGAGGCCGCUUGUAUCCAUGGGGGGUUGUGGAGGUCGAGAAUCCAGAGCACAAUGAUUUUCUCAAACUGCGAACCAUGCUGGUGACUCACAUGCAGGACCUUCAAGAGGUGACCCAGGACCUGCAUUAUGAGAAUUUCCGUUCAGAGCGCCUAAAAAGAACUGGAAGGGCGGUGGAAGAAGAUGUGGUUGACAAAGAUAGAAUCCUCAUGCAAAAGGAGGCAGAGCUCCGGAGAAUGCAGGAGAUGAUUGCUCAAAUGCAGGCUCAGAUGCGAAUGAAGCCAGCAGACGAGUGAAGUCCUUUCCAUCUUCCACUGCCCCCUGCAGAGAUGAACAGACGGAGCGCAGUUUCUCCAGGACAUUUGAAGCAACACUACAUAAUGAAUUCUUUAGGGAUGAGGAAAGAACUCUGUGCCCCCUGGAGUUUUCCUCACAACAGAUCACCCAUUCUGCAGGAUUUCAUGUUGGGAUAGUUCUGUUUUUAGCUCCCUCCAAGGUCAUGCAAACUUUUUUUGGGUGGGGGGUAUGUUGUUAAUGUGCUAGGAUUUCUCCAGAUUCUUAAAACUGUUACUUGCUUUGCACUUUUUUUUUUUCUUCUUUUGAUGGGGGCAACUCAAAAGGCUGUUCUCAAAAAAACUGAAGUAAUUUUACAUGGCAAAAUCGUCACUGAAGGUUAGUAGCUCCCAUUAUGGAUUGUGCUUUUAUGAGAGUUGGUUCCAGUCACUGAUGCCCUUUUUCAUUCAUUUUUUCUCUUUCCAUAUAUUUUGUUUUCUCACACAUUUUCCCUUUACUCCCUUUCUGACAUGUGCUCAGCUAGGCCUUUACUCUUUCCCUGUCUUUGCCAAGUGUUAAUUACUUAUUCUCAUAUACACAUAUGGCCUUCUCAUUUUAGUAUCUUGUCUUUUACAUAUGUAUAUGUUUCAAAAAUCUGUCCAUUUGCCACCUUGGUUCUAGAAGUGCCAUGUGUCUGCUAUAUGCAUAUGUGGUAACCAUGUACCUCGGCCACCUUCUCUGUGCAGGAUUCUCUUUGUGCUCAUGCCUCAAGAUCUAAACUUUUCCUCAUGUCAGCCCAUCGGAUGAGAGUCCAUGUCCAGUUGUAAUACCUAGUGUGAGAUAUAAACUGCAAGAGACACAGGUGCUUCCCAAAACUUCACCACCUCUGUAUAAAAUGUCCAAAGGCUCACAUCUUUACUUUGGGAUUUUUAACACUGUUAGUUUUUGUUGCCUGUACUAUUGGCCUCCUAUUUUGUAUUUCAACACUAAAGUUUUAAAGAUGACAAAUAAAGUUUCUGUAAGAAA